AUGACCGACUCUGAGAUUACUGGGACAGUCGACUUCACGGCUAACGGGGAGACCUACCAGACCUGGUACCGCCUCCUAGGCGACCUCAACUCUGGCAAACGCCCCCUUGUUACGCUGCACGGUGGACCCGGCUUCGGACACGAAGCCAUGCUCCCGCACUAUGAGCUGCACAGAGCCCGCGGCAUCCCCGUCAUAUGCUACGACCAGCUUGGCAUCGGGAAGAGCACGCACCUCCGCGAGAAGCCGAAGGAGUUCUGGAGCGUCGAGCUGUUCGUCGACGAGCUGGCGAACCUCGUCGAGAAGCUCGGCAUCGCGGAGAACUUCGACUUGUGCGGCCAUUCGUGGGGCGGGAUGCUCGCCCUGUCGUAUGUGCUCGCGAAGCAGCCCAAGGGACUGAAGCGGAUGGUCCUGGUGGGAACGCCGUCGUCUAUGGAGCUAUGGCAGAAGGGGACGAGGGAGCUGCUCGAGGGCUUGCCGAAGGAUACACGGGAGACACUGAAGAAGCACGAGAGGGAGGGCACGACGGACAGUGAGGAGUACAAGGCGGGGAUGGAGGUCUACUUUCGCAAGCACAUGUUGAAAGUCGUCCCGGUGGAUCCCCCAGUUGGCACAAGGUGCACUCCGCGCGAAAGAGGAAGACCCUACGGUGUAUUCGAUCAUGAACGGCCCUUCCGAUUCUACAUCACUGGGACCAUCAAGAGCUGGUCGGUGCUCGACGACCUGCACAAGAUCUCCCAGGAGACGCUGGUGAUCAACGGCGCCGACGACGAGGCGAGGGAUUUCGUCGUCGGUCCUCUCUUCUGGCGGAUCCCGAAAGCGAAGUGGGUGCAGUUCGCGAAUAGUUCUCACCUAGCGUUCUUCGAGGAGCCAGUGCGGUACUUCGAGGUUGUUGGGCAAUUCUUGACUACACCGUAUGUUGAUGGGGACGCAGUCAGUACCAACCUUCGUAGGGCACGGAUAGGAACAGUGCAUAACAGGAAUGAUAGACCAAUCCUAUGGACCUGGAUCGAAGAGCCAUUGGGAACUCAAGCUAGUGUUCGUUGUCAGCUCGGCAUUCGGCCUGCUUCAUUUGCAACCGCCAGAUUCGCUGCACUCACAUCUUCCUCCGUUGUACCUGACAACCUACGACGACUGAGUAUGGUAGCAGCAUUGAUGUUCGCGCGGAUCGGAGCACAUGAUACGCACUAG